AUGUUGGAAGGAAACGAGGGAAAAAGCGCGAAGAAGAGGAGAGAUGUUGGAAUGGGAAAAAAAAGAAAGGCUUUCUUUGAGGAUAGGGGAAUAAAAUUGAAGAAGAUAAAGAAGGAAAAGAGGGAGGAGAUUUUUGAUUUCUACAAAGGGGAGGAGAGGAAUAGGAAGAAGCAGAGGGAGGAAAGACGGGAAAGGAUUCAAAGAUCAAAGGAGAAUAAAUGGUACCAGAGAGUUAAAAGGGAAAAGAUACCGGAAUAUUUAAGGAAGGGGUGGGCAGAAAAUAAGUGGAAAAGAGUAGCUAAAUACAGAUUAGGAGAGGGAAUGAGAAAAAGGAACUAUUGGACAAGUGAGGAAAAUAGGAAAUGCAGGAUGUGUGGAAUGGAGGAGGAAUCGUGGGAACACGUAUGGGAGGAAUGUGGAAGUUGGAAGGCAGAAAGGAGCUGGGAAGAGAUAGUGGAGAGAGUGUUAGUGCAUAAUGGAGAGGAGGAGGAGUGGCUGAGGAAGCUGGAAUAA